UAAUCCUUUUAGAGACGAGCAUUGCUGCUUGUCAGUGAAGGUCCGUCCCUGACAAACAGUAACAGAUCAACCUCAUCAGCCAUCAGCAAAGGACUCCUCCACCUUUGCGGCGAUGCCUCAGCAGCCAGUGAUUUCACCUCGCCAGCGCUGGGACGUUAAGUCGUGAGCGAACGGGGACCAACCACCACCAGCACGGUCCGCAGGACAGAGAUGGACUCGGAGCUCCACGGCGAGUUGGCCGACUCUGUGGCGGCCAUGAACGUGGCCGCGACCGGUGCUCCGACGACCAGCCGGCUCUCGGGCAGGAAGAUGUCACUGCAGGAGAAAGGGAGCCGCAUAGCCAAGCAGCCCACCAUCGAGACCAAGCGCGUGUCCAUCACAGAUGCUGAUGAUUGUGUACAGCUCAACCAGUAUAAAUUGAAGAAAGAGAUCGGAAAGGGCUCAUAUGGAGUGGUGAAGUUGGCCUAUAAUGAAGAUUCUGAGCAGUACUAUGCGAUGAAAGUGGUUUCAAAGAAGAGGCUGAUGAAGCAGUGUGGAUUUUUGCGCCGCCUGCCUCCUCAAGGAUCCAACACUGUGUUUCCUCUGGAGAAAGUGUACAAGGAGAUUGCCAUUCUGAAGAAACUGGACCAUCCUAACGUUGUUAAACUGGUGGAGGUGCUUGAUGACCCUGAUGAAGAUGGACUUCAUAUGGCCUUCGAUUUGAUGAAGAGGGGCCAGGUGAUGGAGGUUCCUACCGACGAGCCUUUCACAGAGGAGCAGGCUCGCUUUUACUUCAGAGACAUCGUCCUGGGAAUAGAAUACUUGCACUACCACAAGAUCAUCCACAGGGACAUCAAACCCUCCAACCUGCUGCUCGGGGACGACGGUCACGUCAAGAUUGCGGACUUCGGCGUGAGCAACGAGUUUGAGGGGACGGACGCUCUACUGUCGAGCACGGCGGGGACGCCGGCCUUCAUGGCCCCUGAGAUGAUGAGCGAACACGGGCGGAGGUUCAGCGGCAAGGCAUUAGACAUAUGGGCGAUGGGAGUCACACUUUACUGUUUUGUCUUUGGAAGGUGUCCUUUUUAUGACACGUGCAUCCUCUCUCUGCACAACAAGAUCAAGAACAAAUCUGUGGAGUUUCCAGAGACACCAUUAAUAAGUAAGGAACUGAAAGAGCUCAUUAAGAGGAUGCUGGACAAAAACCCUGAAACAAGAAUCAACAUUCCUGAGAUUAAGCUCCAUGCGUGGGUGACCGAGAACGGCUCCAACCCUCUUCCUCUGGAGGAGGAGCACUGCACGGCGGUGGAGGUCACUGAGGAGGAGGUGCAGAACAGCGUCACGCUCAUCCCAAGCCUCUCCGCUGUGAUUCUGGUGAAGUCCAUGCUGAGGAAGCGAUCUUUCAGUAAUCCCUUUGAGUGUCUGGGCAGACGGGCGGAGAGGUCCAUGUCUGCCCCCGGAGGUCUUCUUACGGGCUCUUGGGGCUUAUUGGGGUCUUCGACUCACAUUCAUCCUUCCUUGAGGAAAAUCAGCAAAGAGGGAAGCAGAGAGGAGUUGGAGGAUCUGUAUGAAGACGAUUCAUAUACAGAGUCAAAGGAAUGAAAAAAAACAUGUGUUACUUGUUUUGUACAACGUUUUCCUAAUCUCACAAUUUAUUGUGUGUGCUUUAAAAUGUUUGCUGUGUUAACGCGUCCGUCACUUUUGUGCAUAAAACGUAUACUUGUGGCAUUUAUGCACGUAUGAGUAUUCUAUGAUUAUAAAUAUAGAUCCAUUAAGGCUUUUUUUUUCUCAUUGUUUGUUUACUGAUGGCAUGUGUGAUGUUGCUCAUGGAUGUGAUAUGAUGCAUUUGCUUUGAAAAAUAACAUCUUUUACAUUUUCCUACUGCUGUUGAAGAUAAUAAGUAUGUCCUUAAAUAAAAGUUUUUGUUUU